GAUUAUCGAUGAUUCAGUAACUGUAACAAGAUCGAUUGAAGAGAGUGAUUGAACAGCUGAAAUGGUUUUUCAAGACUCUUUGUUAAUGUCUUUCUUGUUACUUUUUUUGUUAAUUAUAGUUGAUUCACUUCUUUUUGGUGAAACAUCGAUCUGAAGACGUGGACACGUUCUUAGAAUUGAAUACCUUCAGAAUAUUAAUAUGUUUAUUUAUGAUUUCAUCCAGUUGAUAAUUUAAUACAACAUAUUCUGUGAUCUAAGUAUUCACAUUAAUCUUGCAUUUUGAUAUUGAGUCGCAUCCAAAACCAUUACCUGUCUAUUUAAUCCGUGUUUCUCCUUGAUUGGUCGAUGAUCAUUGCAUUUAUUUGUUCUACCGAUGAGAUCUGUCUAAAUCAAUUAUAAUUUAAUAAGUUAAUCUGUGAUGGCUUAACUUCAGCAUUUUGGUGACUGUUUUAAUCAUUCAUUCAACAUUUGAAGCACAUCAACUACAAUCUUCAAAUUGUAAAUUUAAUUCUAUUGUAUUUUUUAUGUAAUCAUGAAACCAAAUUUUGCAUUUAUGUUAAUCAUUUUUAUAGUGGAUGAUUUUCGGUCAGUUUCUCAUCAAGUAAAUGCUGACCUAGUCCUCAAAAGUGUUGCGAUUGUUCACAGACAUGGGGAUCGAACUCCACUUUCCAGUUUUCCAGCUGAUAAGUAUGCAAAUGCGUCUUUUUGGCCUGAUGGAUGGGGUGAAUUAACCACUGCUGGGAAAGCCAGAAUGUUUGCUUUGGGCCAGUAUUUUAAAGAACGUUAUGGUAAAUUUUGGCCAUCAAAUCUUCGUGAAGUCGAUGUACGUAGUUCAGAUGCUGAGCGAUGUCUGGAAAGUGCUGCUCUUGUACUCGCUGGUGCUUUUCCUCCCUCUGGGCGAUGGAUCUGGAAUAAUAAAUUGAAUUGGCUGCCAUUUCCCAUUCACACUGCACCUAGAGUGUAUGACAACAUGCUCAACCCAUCAUGUACCUGCCCUGUUUCAGAGAAGGAAGAAGAAAGAGUAAAAAAAUCUCCAGAAUACAGGAAACACGAAGUUGAAUUUCUCGAUUUAUUUGAUUAUCUCGCCAAGAACACUCAAAGCAACAUAACUGAUUUAAUCUCAGCUCAAAGGGUCCAUGAUACACUGAAAAUUCAAGCGGAGAACAAUUAUCUCAUUCCUUCUUGGGCAACACCCGAAGUUAUGUUGCGGCUGCAAAAAAUUUCUGAUCUUACUUUUACAUUAGAUUAUUCAACUUAUUUAAUUCAACGACUUCGAGCUGGUGAACUAUUGAAAGACUUGAAAUCUCGUUUUACUACAACCAUGAAGCUAUCGAUCAAACCUUACGAUACAUCUUUACUAGAUAAUGGCGUUGCUAAGAAGAUUUUCUUUUAUUCUACUCACGAUUCUCAAUUAGCUAUUCUAUUGAGCACUCUGAAAGUUUUUGACAAACUAAGUCCACCAUAUGGAUCAAGUGUACUUUUCGAGUUGUAUCAAGAAACUAGCACCAAUCGCUUCAAACUUUCCCUUCUUUACCUCAAUGAUACCUAUUCUAAAAAUCCUCAUUAUCUAAAUUUAUCAGCUUGUGAUGAUAAAAAAUUCUGUGAUAUUGACCAGUUUUUCAAACAAAUUGCUAUUUACCUGCCUGAAAAUUGGAGAAGCGAAUGUGGCCUUGAAGGCAUUCAUUGCGAAGAAGAUCUAGUUACCCUUUCAUUGAAUCUAUUAACUUUUAUUGUCAUCUCUGUUCUUGUUUCCCUCAGUCUAAUUUAUUUGGCUAUCAAAAAGAAAGUUCACACCAGAUAACCAUAUCAGAAAACAAAGAUAUUCACCGAUAUUUUCCACAAAAUUGGAUCAAUCUUUAUUUUCCCAAACGAUGAAGUGGCUUUGGAAACUUGAAACAAAGAAAAUUAAUUAAUUUAUCAGACUGAACAAUAAAAAAAAUUAUCAAAAUAA